AUGGGGGGCGUGCUGGAUGCUCUGCUGCAGCGGACCCUGAGUAGCAUGGCCGGUUACGUGCCGCUGCCGGCCAUCGUUAAGAAGGUCGUGAGCGACCACGCCGGCAGCAGCCUGGGAGAGUUCCGGCACGUGAUCCUGGCGAUGCUGGACACCUACUCGUACGACACAGCGAUUCACAGGACCGCUGCGUCCCUACUCUUCGAGAGCUUGCGCACGGUUGUGCGUGAGCGGCACACCCUCAAGGGCGCCGGCGUCCGAGUGUCCGCCGUGGGGGGCUUCGACCUCCACCCCCCGCGCAUCGCCGCCGCCGACGGACCAACGCGGACGAGAAACGCCUCCGCUGCCGCCGCCGCUAGUGCGGCUGGUUCUCCUCCCGAACAACGAGGAGGGGUGUUCAGCGUGGGCGGCAGCGGCGGCGGCGGCGGCGGCGGCGGCGGCGGCGGGCGGCGGUCGUUGGCGUUGCACCACCCCCCGGUGCCGUCUGGUCUUCUCGGUGCUGUCGGGUCCGGAGUUAUCAGCGUCUCCUCUGGAGGCGUCGCCGUGGUCGAGCACUUGGGACGGGGCGGCGGCGGCGGCGGGGACGAAGGUAGCCGCAACGACGAAGGGGAUGGUGACGGUGAUGAUGACGGUAGUAGCGGCGCCGGGGCGCGGAGAGCGGCGUCGUCGCCGCCGCCGCCGCCGCCGCCGGCCAUGUCCCAGCAAGACGCGUCGGCCUCGCUGUGGAGGCUUAGGGCCGCGAGGCGACGCCGGCAGGCCAAGGGGGACAAGAUGCGCUCCCUCGCCAGGUGGUCUGCUGGUGAGGACACCGGUCCCACUCGCGGCGAUGGGGGUGACAGGGCGCGGGGGACAAUAGGCCACAUCCCCGUGAUGAACCGAGGUGGCACCAAGGUGUCGGGCCGAAACGGUGGUGGUGUUGGCGGCGGCGCCUUGGGGGGCGACGAAAACGGGCGCGUGCACCAGCGGGGGGGACCGGGGGCGGCGGCAGCAGCAGCAGCAGCCGGCGGUGCGGCAGCGAACCAGUACCGAAGGGAGACGGCGGCGGCGGGGGAGGAGGAGCAGUCGCGGGGACGCCAGGCGUUGGGGUGGGGGUCCGCGCUGCAGGCGCGAGCCGCCCUUGCCUUGCCCGCGAGCUUCUUGGCGAAGAGGACUUGAUGGUGGACCUCGCUCGGGCGUGGGUUUUCUUGCGAGCCCUACGGAAGAAGCGCCGGUUGAAUAGUGCCGUUUGGUUGGCCGCUGUGGUGCCGGCAAAUAAGCGUGCGACACAGGCAGCAGGUAUUCAGCCGUGUCGCGCUACUGUAGUGCCGGUAAUAAGCGUGCGACACAGGCAGCAGUAAUCCAGCCGUUUCGUGCUCUCCUUGAGCAGGGCCCGUGCCUCUUGAGUACUAGUCCCGGUGAGUUGGCCUGUAGCCCAUGCCGGCACCGUCGAGGGCCAUCGACUGCUGCUGUACCCUUGAUCGAGGUGGUCUCGGCGCUUCGAACUCUCAGGCACUGCGCUCGCGUAUUUGCUGUCAAGCGCGACGUGGGCCAUAUUCUCAAGUGCUGCCACAACUAGUCGCUCAUCGUGGUGACUGCUGUUCUCUCCCGCACUAUGUUCUGGUGUGACCCAUGUUUUUACCUUGUGUGGGGUAGAAGAAUCGCCGCAUGUGUUGGGUGUUUGCUGUACGUCCGGGUUGAUGCAUGCAGGUUGUGUUUGUUGCCAGGAGGACAUGCCAGGAAAUUUGGGGUUGGCUGGCGGUAGAUUGGAACGUUUCGAAGUUUCAAGAGCGAAGUCUGCUUUCAAGACGGCGUGCAGCGUCGUGUACUCUGCCACAAACAGGUGACACGCUAAGUUCGCCACCACGUUUGGGCGGGCGUCGGGUUUGUUGCGGUUUCGAGUUUACAGGAAGACAAAGCCUGACAAGCUGUUUGUGUGUCAACUCGCCACAAACUUAUCACCGCUUGUCAGGGGGAACCUUUCGCAUUUCUAUUUAGUGCUUGCCUUUGACGUGAAACCACUUUACUUUCGCCCCAAGAGGAUAUUGGGCGUGGGGUGGAGGACGACGGGCAGUGCUUUCUUUUUGAGACACAUACCGUAAGGAUGCGAGAGAAUGCAAGGGGAUGCGAACGAUUUUUAGACGGGUUCGUUCUUGGCCUUUUACCGCACGAGGGUGUGGUGCCACCGGUACGUGCGAUAUCACCGAUCCUCGUGCGAUAAUGAAAUUAUUAAAUCAUUUCGACUCUG